AUGGCCCUCUCCAGCUCGUACAUGCCUGUUGCUUUGAAGGUGGUGAAGCUGCUUUACAGGUGGACGAAGGCCAUUCAGUGUUCUUUGGCCCACUUGACUUCAGAGCUUGCGCAGUGUCACAGAGCUUACGCAUCACAAUAUGAGGAGUACAUGAAUGUCGACAACCGUGAGUACAUUUUUCGGGUGCUCAACGAUCUCACAAAGCUGCCGUUCCUUGCAGAGGACAAAGAAGGCCGGCAAGAUGUUAUUUGUGUUUUUGAGUACGUCCUCACGUACAACUCAGAGUGGUUCCAGAAGGACGCAUUUUUGUUUUACCAUCUCGCGCACCCGUUUGCCGACAUGCCGAGCGGCGACAAUCUCGUUUUCCAACAUUUCUGUCAGGACGACAAGCAUCGGAUGCCCUGA